AUGACAAUAAAAGAAGAUAGUGUAAUAUUAUACUUUGAUGAAGAUAAUAUAGAAUUAGUAAAACUGAAAAAAGAUGAGAUAACAAUAAAUAAAAAAGGAACAUUUCUUCAUAAUGAUAUUAUAGGUAAGGAGUAUGGAAGUAAAAUAUUUGAUACACUAAAUAAAAAUUUUAUUUAUGUAUUAAAAAGAUCACCCGAAUUAAUUGCUUUAAGUUUAAAAAAAACAACUCAAACUUUAUAUGAACAUGACAUAUCUUUUAUUUGUUUACUAUGUAAUGCAUUACCAAAUAAGAAAAUUUUAGAAGCAGGUACAGGUUCAGGUUGUUUAACAUAUGCCUUAGCUAAUUGUGUUUUACCUCAUGGUAAAAUUUAUACUUUUGAAUAUAAUGAAGAAAGAUAUAAAGAAGUAAAAAAAGAAUUUGAAAAUUUUGAUAAUGUAAAAAAUAACAUAAAUUUUUAUCACAAAGAUAUUAUUAAUAGUGAUUUUGAGGAUUUUAUAUGUGAUAUAGAUUCCGUUUUUCUUGAUAUGCCUAAUCCUUGGUUAUGUGUUGAAAAGAUAAAAAAAGUUUUAAAAGAGAGAGGUAUUUUUGUUAUUUUUUUGCCUUCUAUUGAACAAGUUCAUAAAGUAAUUGAUUCUUUAGAAUAUCAUUCUUUUUGUGAAAUUAUUACGUAUGAAUUAAUAAAUAAAUCAUGGCAAAUUAUGUUUCCUAAAAAUAGAAAGAAUAUUAAAAACGAAAAUGAAACAACUGAUGUUAAUAAUCAAUCUACAUCUACUAAGGGUUAUUAUAUAAAUUCCUUAAUACCAAAUUAUAGAUUAUUUCAAAAAGAAAAUAAAACACAUACCGGAUAUUUAACAGUAGCAAAAAAGCCAUUAGAUGAUGAAAAUGAUCAAAUUGAUAUUGAGUUUAAAAAUAUUAUAGAAUAA